AUGAGGACUUCCAUGAUUUUGAAAAGGAGCCAUAAUCUAUCAAGAUAUGUAGAACUCCCGAAUUACUACACUAAGUUCGCACAUGAACAACCAGCUGAGAUACGAUCGUUAGGUAGGGAGUUGCAGCCAUACGCCAGGACUCUGCGGUACAAAGAGUUGUUCGAAAGUUAUGAUUUUUUUUGUGUGUAUAAAUGGGAGUCAGUACAGAAUAAGGACACCAGGUUUCAUAUAAGAAAUGUAUGGCAAAGUUUUCACAGUGAUAUUCCAAAAGGAACCAAUUCACUAUUCGUUAAGGAAAGAAUGUCAUGUCCUUCGAUGGACAGUUUAUUAGGCCGGAAGAUAUAUGGAGAUGAUACACCAAUGUUGAGAAUGUCUUGGCACAGGACCAACGAAAUUGAUUCUAUAAUAAAACUACUGGAGAAAGUUUAUGCCAAGGAAAAUGUAUUUCAUUUGCAUUCGGUUGGAAUAUCACUUCCUCAACAUCCUAUCAUACUAAAACAACUACAGCCUCUACUUGAAACGACUUCACAAAACUUCGACUAUGAAAAGUUAAUGUCAAUAGCCAAGAAACACCAAAACAAUCAGAGUAAAGACAAAAUUAAAGUGGAGACUUUAUUGCAAGGGCUUGCACAACGUAGCAUUGUGACACCACUCUUGUUAAAAGAUGGUCAGUGGCUGGUACUGAUGCCUAAGGAAAAGAAAUAA